AUGCCGACGAGGGCUGCACCAUCGGACUCCUCGUCUUCAACUGGAAAUAAUACAUCGAGUCAAAAACACGGCACGCUGGGGAGAACCAGGGCAGGAGAGCUAACUCGCCAUGUCACGCGAGGCUUGCUGGGGGAUGAGGAGAGCGAGGAGGAAGUGGCAGACGUGCUAAAGGUGGUGCAGGAUUGGUGUUACCAGUCUGAGGUUUCUUGUAAUCGUACCUGCUCAGGGCCAGAUGACUGGGGUGUCGUCUCUCAGCACUGCAGCAGCAGAUCUCAGUCACCAGUCAACAUUGUUACGAGGAGAGCGUUACCAGACGGACGCCUCACUCCUCUGCACCUCAUCGGCUAUCAAGACACAUUUCACGGACGCCUAUCCAACAACGGCCACACCGUUCAACUGGAUUUACCGUCCAGUAUAAAAAUCAAAGGAGGUAAUCUAGCCAGAACAUACAAUGCAGUUCAGUUACACUUCCACUGGGGCAAACAUGGAGGUCCGGGCUCUGAGCACACGAUUGACGGAGAACGACAUCCGCUGGAGAUGCACAUUGUGCACAUCAAGGAACAAUACAGUUCCAUUUCGCAGGCCGUGAGGGAUCGAACAGGGGUUGCUGUUCUUGGAUUUUUCUUUCAGGAAUCAAGUUCUCCCAACAAGAAAUUCGCUCCGCUAAUAAGCGCUCUGAAAAAAAUCACGCGACCAUCCAACAAAACCACGCUGGAGGGUGUGUCCCUGCAGAUGUUCAUCGCCCCCCAGGCCAACAUGACUGCGUAUUUUCGCUACGACGGCUCCCUCACCACACCCAACUGUGCCGAGGCUGUCGUCUGGACGCUCUUUGAGAACGCCAUCCCGCUCAGCAGGCAGCAGCUGACUGUGUUCUCCCAGCUUGAGUUCUCCAGUGGGAGGCCGAUGGUCAACACCUUCAGACCAGUGCAGCCUUUGAACGGAAGGCAGGUGUAUCACUCUGGCGGCCACGUUGCUGGGGUCAGCACUGCACUGCUCGUCCUGUCGCUCCUGCUGCACACGCCACCAACACUGCAGGACUGAUGCAAACAAACAUGUGAUGGAAAUGUACAUCGCCUUAAGUGGCCUUGCCAACCACGCCGGGAGCCGACACCCCAGGAAAGCAACAGCACUGGGACGCUUUUUGUUCAAGUUUCUCUUCCUGUUAUAGCGUCAUGCGGUGGUGGUACACAAAAACAGAUUUUAGUGACUAGAAGAAACUCACAACGCCACCUUGGGAAUUUUGCCCCCAGGAAAUAAUUCAUUGUUAAUAGCACCGAAAAGGCACUCAGGUUCGCUGCACCAGUGAGGCAUGACACAAGGUUCCAAGGGUACAAUGACUAAAGACGUUGUCAAAUAAAGGGUUUAUAGAGUUGCAACAAAUGUACAUUACAAUAAAAAAAGAGACCAACAUAGAAGAGAGAAUGAACUACAAUGGCAACACACUCCAUCAAAGUAACAGCAAACGCUAUCAGCAAGCAACAAACUCCACACAAUACAUGCUUUUGCCACAUGAUAUUAUUGGCGACAUGCAGACAGACUGGCACAAGCCAUGAUCCAACUUAGUGCACUCAGACGGUGGGCUGGGCUUGUGCACUAAGCCGAGAGGAGAUAGCGGCCAACUCAUCUUAGCUUUCUUCCCUAUAUUUGAUCAGGAAAUGUGCCAUCCGUCCAUCUUCUAUGCCGCUUAUCCUCACUCGGGUCACGGGUAUGCUGGAGCCUAUCCCAGCUGACUUCGGGCGAGAGGCGGGGUACACCCUGGACCGGUGUCCAGCCAAUGGCAGGGCACAUAUAGACAAACACUCACAUUCAUUCCUAUGGACAAUGUAGAGUCUCCAAUGAAGCUAACAUGCAUGUUUUUGGAAUGUGGGAGGAAACCAGAGUACCCGGAGAAAACCCACACACACACGGGGGGAACAUGCAAACUUCCCGAUGGAGAUUCAAAGAUGUCCUGACUGUGUGGCCAACAUGCUAACCACUCGGCCAAUGCAAAUUGCAAAUGCAGCAAUUUCUGCUAAAUCAUCCAGAAAUGACAUUUAUAAUCCAGUUCAAUGGACAAACAUUUCAUAUUUAUUGUUGUUAUCAUUAUUUGUUUUUGCCUCACCUGCCAGCACAUCACUGUUAAUAAUAAUUAAUAAUAAUAUCUAUUGUGUUUCACACUUGAAGGAAAAUGGCACCUUUUUCAUCCAUAAUCAAGAUGUGAGACAUGAACACGUCUCUCUCUUUUCUGUGUCUUCUAAAGAUACAAAAACAGCUAAAAAAAUCCGCAGCUAAGAAUGCACGUAAUGGGAAACACGCUCCAUUUACCUCUAAUGUGACGUACAGUACAUAUUAACCAAGCUACAGUGACAUCAUCAUUAUUAUUAUUACAGUGUUGCCUCGCUACAUCGCGGUUCAUCUUUUGCAGAUUCGCUGAUUUUUUUAAGUGCAAUUUUGCAUAUUUUUUUAACAGCGUAUGAAUGUGCAUUGUGUUCUGCGUCCUUGUGGUGUAUUAUGUAUAGAGUAUUAUGUAUAUAUAUGUAUAUGUAUAUAUAUAUAUACAUAUACAUAUAUAUACAUAUAUAUGUUGGUGCUCUGUUGUAUGU